AUGAAAUGCCUCCAGUUGCUCCAGUCCAGGAUCUUGGGUUCCUGUGGGAGGUCUCGGGCUCACUCACCUCUUAAAAAUUACAAUCGCCUUUCAUCAACCACCACCAACUCUCAAGCGGUGUUACAAAAAGAUCUCAAGUCGUUGUUUUCUAAUCCUCCAUUGGAAAACUCAUUUGUCCAAACACAAGGGUGGAUCAGAUCGGUCAGAUCGAUGAAAAAAAUCGCGUUUGUUGAUUUAUCUGACGGAACAACUUUUAAUAGUAUCAUGAUCGUCACCAGUCCGGAAAUCGCCAAAGAUUUACAAACUGGAAGCUCGAUCAUGGCAAAGGGAAGCUGGGUCAAAUCUAAGGGAAAGAACCAGCUAUACGAAUUGAGUGUCACCAAACCAGAAGAUCUCCAGGUCAUUGGCAACGUUGAAGAGAAUUACCCUUUACAAAAGAAAUUCCAUACCGCAGAAUUCAUCCGGUCUUUACCAACCUUGAAAUUCCAUACUUCCAAGUUGUCAACCGUAAUGAGAUCAAGAUCGUUUAUGGAAUACAAAUUACAAGAGUUUUUCCAAAGUGAAAAUUUCAUAAAAGUCAACCCCCCAUUGAUUACCGGGUCGGAUUGUGAAGGGGCAGGGGAAUUGUUCCAAGUGGAAAGUGCUUCGGUGGUGGCCAAAAAAUUGGCCAAUCCUCAGGAUAAACAAAUCACACCAUUCUUUGGGAAAAACAGUUAUUUAACAGUGUCAACCCAAUUACAUCUUGAGAUUCUUGCGCAGUCGUUGAGCAAAGUAUGGGCUUUAUCUCCUUGUUUCAGAGCAGAAGCCAGUGAUACCAACAGGCAUUUGAGUGAGUUCUGGAUGCUUGAAGCGGAAAUAGCGUUCGUGGACAAAGUUGACCAAUUAACAUGGUUCUCUGAAAGAAUGAUCAAGCACGUCAUCAACGGUAUCUUGACCAAUGAAAACGGGGCCCUCGAUAAUCUUUUGAAGAAUUCUAAGCGUUCAAAAGAAGAAUUGUUGGAGAUCGAGAACCGUUUGAAAGUGUUGCAAGAUAAUAACAAAAAUUGGUAUCAAAUCACUUAUAAUGAAGCCAUGGACUUGUUGUUGUCCUCUGGAAAGAACGACUGGAAAUACUUGCCUCCAGUAAGAGGUAGCUCAUUAUCUACGGAACAUGAAAAAUACUUGACCAAUGAAGUCUUGAAGGCACCAGUAUUUGUCACCGAUUAUCCAAAAGACGAAAAGGCAUUUUAUAUGAAAAUCAAUCCAGAUAAUGAAACCGUGGCCUGCUAUGAUUUGCUUUUCCCGGUGAUGGGAGAGUUGAUUGGCGGGUCGGUUAGAGAAUCCAACUACGAUGUGUUAUUAAAAGAGAUUGAAAGACGUCAAAUGAGCUUACCGGAUUUGCAAUGGUACUUGAACUUGCGAAAGAAUGGUAGCGUACCGCAUGGUGGGUUUGGCAUGGGGUUCGAACGACUUGUGAGUUUUGUGUGUAAUAUAGAUAAUAUUAAAGAUGCUAUUCCAUUGUCGAGAAGCAUCGAUAAUUGUGACUGUUGA